AUGGUUCGUGAACUAUUCCAGAUGGCACGUUCUAAAAAAGCCUGCAUUGUAUUUUUUGAUGAGGUAGACGCCAUUGGAGGUGCAAGGUUUGAUGAUGGAGUUGGUGGGGACAAUGAGGUCCAGCGUACCAUGCUUGAAAUUGUGAAUCAGCUUGAUGGAUUUGAUGCUCGUGGGAAUAUUAAAGUCUUAAUGGCAACCAACAGACCUGAUACUCUCGAUCCGGCGCUCUUACGACCUGGAAGACUGGAUCGGAAAGUGGAAUUCGGAUUGCCGGAUCUAGAAAGUAGGACCCAGAUUUUCAAGAUUCAUACGCGAACAAUGAAUUGCGAGAGGGAUAUUCGCUUUGAGCUUCUUGCUCGGCUCUGCCCAAAUUCAACUGGAGCUGACAUUAGAAGUGUAUGCACCGAGGCCGGAAUGUAUGCUAUUCGAGCAAGGAGGAAAACUGUGACCGAGAAAGACUUCUUAGAUGCUGUCAAUAAAGUUAUCAAAGAUAUCCAAAACCGGUCUUGCCCUAUUUUUAUCCUAUCCGGUGGUACUCACCGCCACUACGGUGGUUAUGGCACAAUGCGAAGGGUUUUGAGGAUGCUCGGGUCCAGGCCGCGGCUCAAGGCGGUUCCGGUGGUGAAGUUGAAGCGUCGGCGAACGGUGGCUGAGGUGGCGGUCGUGGUUUCCCGGCGGCGGUGCCAGAACCAUUUGGCAUAG